AUGAAGACUUUGCUUAAAUUACAGAGUCUCAAAUCCUUGUGGAUUCCCAAAUCAAGUUGUAGGCUUUUCCAUAAACAGCCCAAGCUUCUUGCCCCAGAGCUGUUUUCACAGGAUGAAUCUAUCAGGCAGGGUGAACAGCAAGUGCCCGAAUACUUUAACUUUGCAAGUGAUGUGCUGGAUAAAUGGUCUCAGAUGGAAAAGGAUGGAAAGAGAUCAUCAAACCCAGCCUUCUGGUGGGUAAAUGGAAGAGGAAAUGAAGUGAGGUGGAGCUUUGAGGAGCUGGGGUUCCACUCCAGAAAAGUGGCCAAUGUCCUCUCUGAUAUAUGUGGUCUGCAGAAGGGAGACAGAGUUAUGCUGAUUCUGCCCCGGAUACCGGAAUGGUGGCUGGUGAAUGUGGCUUGUAUGAGAACAGGAAUCAGCCUUAUUUUAGGGACCUCUCAAUUAACAGCUAAAGACAUUUCAUAUAGACUUCAGGCUUGUAAGGCCAAGUGUAUCAUUACCAAUGAUAUAGUGGCAUCCGCAGUGGACGCAGUUGCAUCUGAUUGCCAGUUUCUGAAAACCAAGUUAAUUGUAUCCGAAGGCAGAAGAGAUGGGUGGCUGAACUUUAAUGAACUAUACAAAGCACAACCUGCUGAUCACAUCUGUGUUAAAACAAAGAUUCAAGACCCAAUGGUUACCUACUUUACCAGCGGAACCACAGGUUCUCCAAAAAUGGCUGAACACACCCAGGGCAGUUUUGGUUUUAGACCUGUCAUAAGUGAAAGAUACUGGCUGGAUUUGACUCCUGAAGACAUGAUGUGGUGCUUAUCAGAUACAGGCUGGGUAAUAGCUUCGCUGGGGUCUGUUCUUGAUCCAUGGGUUUUCGGAUCAUGUGUCUUUGUACACAGCCUUCCACAGGUUGAAUCAACAACUAUCCUAAAUACUCUCUCCAGAUUUCCCAUCACCACUAUCUUUGGUGCUCCAACUUUGUUCCGCAUGCUGGUGCAGCAUGAUCUUACCAGUUACAAGUUCAUGAGUCUGCAGCACUGUGUAAGUGGAGGGGAGCCACUCAACCCAGAAGUGAUGGAGCAGUGGAAAAGGAUGACUGGCCUGACUAUCUGUGAAAUAUAUGGACAAACAGAAACAGGAAUAGUUUGUUCCGUUUUCAAAGGGAUGAAGAUUAAACCAGGAUCAAUGGGAAAGGCAGUUCCCCUUUAUGAUGUUCAGAUCAUAGAUGAGAAUGCUAAUGUUCUGCCUCCUGGACAAGAAGGGGAAAUUGCCAUCAGAAUCAAACCUAAAAGGCCACUUGGUCUUUUCUCUAAGUACAUAGAUAACCCUGAGAAAACCGCUUCAUCAGAACGUGGAAAUUAUUUUGUCACGGGAGACAGAGGGACUAUGGAUGAAGAAGGAUAUUUCUGGUUUCUUGGAAGAUCUGAUGAUGUCAUCAAUUCUUCAGGGUAUCGUAUUGGACCAUCUGAAGUAGAGAAUGCCUUGAUAGAGCACCCGGCUGUAGUAGAAUCCGCUGCUGUCAGCAGCCCAGACCCCCUCAGAGGCGAGGUGGUGAAAGCUUUUGUGGUCUUGUCACCUGCCUUUUCCUCGUGUGACCUGGAAAAAUUAACGCUUGAGUUGCAGGAGCAUGUCAAGAAAGUCACCGCUCCAUACAAAUAUCCCAGAAAGAUGGAAUUUGUCCAACAGCUACCCAAGACAAUCACCGGGAAAAUCAAGAGGAAUGAGUUAAGAAACAAAGAAUGGGGGCGAAUGUAA